AUGUCCGGUGGUAAAGGUGGUAAGGCUGGCUCUGCGGCUAAGGCUUCCCAAUCCAGAUCUGCUAAGGCUGGUCUAACGUUCCCAGUCGGUAGAGUACACAGGCUUCUAAGAAGAGGCAACUAUGCCCAGAGAGUUGGUUCUGGUGCUCCAGUCUACUUAACUGCCGUCUUGGAGUACUUGGCUGCCGAAAUUCUGGAAUUGGCCGGUAACGCUGCUAGAGACAACAAGAAGACCAGAAUUAUCCCACGUCACUUGCAGUUGGCCAUCAGAAACGAUGACGAACUUAACAAAUUAUUGGGCAAUGUGACUAUCGCUCAAGGUGGUGUCUUGCCAAACAUUCACCAAAAUUUGCUUCCAAAGAAAUCUGCCAAGCCAGAGAAGGCUUCGCAAGAGUUGUAA